UGCCUGGCCAUCUUUUGUGUUGGCGACCAGCAAAACAACAACGGGCAUCUUGUCUUGUACCUUCGGCUGGUGCGGUGGCGACAAUAAAACGCCUAACUUCCCAUCUUUAUUGGCCUUGCCAUAACGAGUCAACCGGAGAACGUGUUACGCCGCCCUGCAUCAACAAUGACUCCGGAUUGACUGCGCAUCUGGAUUCGGACUGAGGCUGCGCUGACUCAAGACUGUUGUUGUUAGCAGUUAGCCAGCCUGGCGACUUCCUCUCAGUUUAUAACAGCGGCGAACCGGCGAGUGGCUAAUUCAGCUUUGGGGACGAAGAGAGAGGAAGAUAAAAGAUGUAAAUGGCUAGAGUACCGGAGAGACGGGAACUGGCAUUUCCGGUGAAGGCCUCCCCCAUGCCUCUCUGCUUCUUCCUCGUACUGGCGCUUCUGGCCAGGUGGCCCACGUGCAAGGCAGGUGACUGCAAGGGUCACCGGCAGGUGUUGAGGGGACCGGCGGGCUAUGUGACGGAUGGACCGGGGAACUACUCGGUCAAUGGCAACUGUGAAUGGCUCAUUAAAGCACCGAGCAGCAGGAGUCGCAUUGUGCUGAACUUCACCUUCAUGGACACAGAGUGUACAUAUGACUACCUCUUUGUAUACGACGGUGACUCCUACCAAAGCCCCUUGCUGGCCAGUUUGAGCGGCAACACCCUGCCGCAGCCGAUUGAGGCUACGUCCGGGAAGAUGCUGCUUCAUCUCUUCAGUGAUGCCAACUACAACCUGCUUGGCUUCAACGCUACCUACACCUUCUCCGUGUGUCCCGGCGCGUGCGGUGGCCACGGGCGCUGUGACUCGUCCACGCACAAGUGCUACUGCCACCAGGGCUGGGGUGGGGCGGCCUGCUCGACGCCCCUGUGCUCUCAAGCCUGCGCAGCGCAUGGCCAAUGUGACAAGAAAGGAGAGCGCUGCCUUUGUAACUCCGGAUUCCUGGGUCACAGUUGCCAACUUGGUCUCAAUGACGACAGCGGGGCGGGACAGUGGUGGCGCGUUAGCGAGGGAGACCCCUACAUGUCGCCCAGGACGGGUUCCGCUGGCGUGUACCUGUCCUCCACGGGAGCAUUGUACUUGUUUGGAGGAUUUGACCUGAACAGAGCACUUGGUGACUUGAAUAAAUACAACUUCACAUCUAACCAGUGGGAGAGCAGGUCUUACGGUCACUCGCCUUUGGCACGGCACUCCCACACUGCUGUGGAGUGGGCGGGGAACAUGGUAAUCUUCGGCGGGGAGUUGUCUAGCGGCUCCUUGGCGAGCGACGUCUGGAUGUACCGUCCCCUGCAGGACGACUGGCAGCAGCUUGGCUUUCCCAAUACCGGAGGUGCCCCCAGUCUGGCCAAUCACGCAGCAGCCGUAGUGGACAGUUAUCUCUAUGUGUUUGGAGGUCGCACUGAGGAGGAUAUGUUUUCCCCCUCCCUGUAUCGGUUCAGCCUGCGGGGCUCUGGGCGGUGGGAGAUCGUCCAGCCCACCGGUGGGAAGCCUCCAUCCACUGCUGGCCACUCCAUGGUGUUCCACAGCCCCUCCAGGACCCUAUUGGUCUACGGGGGUCACCGGCCGACCACCGCCAGGUUCAGCGUGAGGGUGAACAACACCGACGCAUUCCACGUGGACCAACGCUUUUGGACAGCGUUCCGCUCCCGCUACCCGGCGACGGGACCGCGAGAGAGAGCCUUUCACUCAGCAACUGUCAUUGGAAACUACAUGGUGGUUUAUGGUGGUAAUGUUCACAUCCACUACCAAGAGGAGAAGUGCUACGACGAAGAGAUCUUCUUUUACCAUUUGGGCUGUCACCAGUGGGUGUUGCCAGGCGAGAGAUGGUCACUCAUCGGGGAGGCCAUCAACGGGCGCUAUUCCCACGUUGCCGCAAUGAUGGAGGGGCGGGUGCUGCUUGUUGCCGGGGGUUACAACGGUGUCACCCGCGGAGACCUGGUGGCUUUCAAAGUCCCGCUGUUUGUCAGUAGCGAUGAAGGUGACAGGGAUGCUCUUUGCGCUGAGGCCCUGGAUGAAAGUAUGUGUCUGAAGAACCCAGAAUGCAGCUGGUGUGAAGGCCGUUGUCGAGAAUAUCAGCCCACUAAUCAGUGCGGGAGCACCGGCUGUCUGGGCCUGGCGCGCUUCCUGUCCGACUGUCAGUCCUGCCUAGUGUUCAGCGGCACGCCGGCCACGCUAGCCCGAGCACCCGGUGAAUUCGGCUGGUGUGUUCAGAACGAGUCCUGCCUGCCUGUGUCAGAGCAAUUUGCGUGCCGUGUGGACCAGAUCUCAGGAGCGUACGGCUGGUGGGGGGAGCGUACCCUUUUCCUAACCUCCCUCCACUCCUGUCGCACCGAGAACUAUGUCCCAGGACUGCACCUGCUCACCUUCCAGCAUCCCCGCAACGACUCCCAGCCUGACAAGGUUUCCAUCCUGCGCAGCACCACCAUCAUUCUCAGCCCAACCACCGAGAUGGACGUGGCCCUGCAGUUCAGGGGCUUUAUCCACCCUCUGUGGGGGGUGCCCACAACCCCUCCCACAGAGACUGUCUCCAUGUGGGCUCGCAUCCAGAGACUCCACUUUGAGGCUCGAAUGGCAUCAGGCCCCAACUCGAGCCAGCUGGAGUUGGUGGGUCGUUGGGUGGCUCAGCAGGAGAAAGAGUUAAAGGUGCUGUCUCGUGCCGACGGGAGUAGGCUGUUCUCCAACCUGACCAGAGGUAACCAUUACCUGGUCCAGGCUGAGGGCUACUUAAACAACUCAGGGUCGGGGCAGACAAGUGAGAUGGCCCUCAUUUGGAACAGAACUCUGCCGGGAGGGAGCGAAAUCUCCUUCCUGUUCCUGGAGCCCUACCGGUCAGGUUCCUGUUCAGGCUACAUGUCCUGUCUGGCCUGUUUGUCGGACCAGUCUUGCGGCUGGUGCCCAUCUCUGUCCCGCUGCCUGGUUCGGAACAGCCCCGAAUUGGAGCCCUGCCCUGAGGCAGACCUGGGAGAAUUAAUGGAAGAGAUGGCUGAGCGCCAUCUGCUGCUGGCGCCCCAGCACUGCACCCUGUGUGAAGAGUACAGGGACUGCUCAGCUUGUACUCAGGACCCUUACUGUGAGUGGCAGAUCAACUCCAGCAAGAAAGGUGACUACCAGUGUAGCAGGAGAGGACGCCUGGAUGGGUCCAUACGCCAUCCAGCGGGCUGUCCCAGAGUCUGCAACCAGCGGAAGACGUGUUCAGAGUGUCUCUCCAACUCCAGCCAGUGUGCAUGGUGUGAGUCAGCCCAGGCCUGCUUCUAUUUCGCCGCCUAUCUGACCAAAUACCCAUAUGGAGAGUGCAGGGACUGGUAUGACAGUGUGCAUUCGGUUCCGCAAUGCAAGCAAUGUUCUGCUUUAAACACUUGCACCGAGUGCCUGCGAACGUUCCAGUGCGGCUGGUGUGGCGACUACAACAACCCCACUAUCGGAAAAUGUUUGAGAGGAGAUUGGGCUGGAAUGGAUGACCCAUCUGUGUUUAACUGCAGUGUGGCCGUAGCUGAAGCCCGAGUUGCUAACCCUGAACCACAGACCUCUGCCCCGCCUCGUCCUCUGGACAUGGAGAUGGAGCUGGAGCACAUGGAGAGCGAAGACCAGGAUGCCGUGUGGUCCUACCCCACUUGCCCUGAUGUAGAAGAAUGCCGCCUCGGCCUACAUAACUGUCACCUCUUUGCCACCUGCAUCAACACCCCCACCUCUUACGAAUGCCACUGUGAGCGAGGCUACAUGGGGGACGGCACUUUGCACUGCAACCAGACGUGCUACAAUGAGUGCAGAGAGGGUCAAUGCAGCGGCAGCCCACGCUUCGAAUGUGAAUGCUCGCUGGGUUGGACUUCUGACCCUGCCACUCUAGUUCUGAGUGGCGUUGAGUGUGAUGUGGACUGCGGCUGCAACUUCCACUCCACCUGCAUCACUGCGCCGGGGAUCUGUGACGAAUGCCAAGACUGGACAACAGGGCCCCACUGUGAGCACUGUCGCCCGGGGAGCUACGGCUCGGCCCUGGCCGGCGGCGGUGGUUGCGUGCAGUGCGAGUGUAAUGGCCACGGCGACCCGCUGCGAGGAUACUGCCACAACCAGACGGGCCAGUGCUACUGCACACAUAACACCCAGGGCCCACACUGUGAGUCCUGCCUACUUGGUUACUACGGUGACCCCAGCAACAACGGAACAUGCUAUCGCCAGUGCCAGGGGCGCUCUGUGCUGCUCUCCUCCAGCUCCUCCUCCCCUGUUGUACCUCUCUCCUCAUCCCUGGGCUGGCGGAGUGGCACAGAGGGAAACGGUGGACUCUCCCAUUGCCUAUGGGUCCUGUCAGUGACUGAGAACCUGGCGCCCUGUCUCCCGAGGCAGCCGUGUCCGCCCGUUGCCCUCACGCUGCAUCCUGACUCCCAUACUCACUGUAAAAGUUCAUAUGUGUAUGUCUUUGACGGCCUUCCUCGUCUCCUGGGCAACGGUGUCGUACAUUCGGACCACAACCUACUCGGGGCAUUCUGCGGCACAACAAGGACACAGCCUAUCACUGUGGAGGCAACAUCAGGUGUGAUUUCCGUCUACUUUGAGGCCAACGUGUCAUCGAACAAGCCCCAAGGCUUCAAUGCGUCUUUCUGGGUGCGGCGGUGUCGCCACAGUUCUGACGAGGGUGACGACGGGUCGCACCCAUGUCCUGGUGGCGCGCAGUGCCAGCGGGGGAUUUGCCAGUGCCCUCCGGGAUAUGGAGGCCCCCACUGUGACCGGCCCGUGUGUCCCCACGACUGUGGCAUUGCAGAGGGACGAGGAGCUUGUAAUAUAACCCUAGGAGUGUGCGUGUGUUCAGAGAACUGGGCCGGUUCUGACUGCGCUGUCCCGUGGGACUCCAACAGCCUGAUUUGGGAGACACUGCUGGACACGCAACUGACAGUGAACCAGGCUCACAGGUUCCUCCACAGGAUGGGCCACUCUCUGGUGUCUGGACCUCAUGGCAACCUUUGGAUGUACGGAGGACUCUCACUUUCAGAGGGAAUUCUGGGAAAUAUUUACAGAUAUUCCGUGUUGGACCGCCGUUGGACUCAAAUGUUGACAAGUUCGCCAGAUGAGGGUUCUACCCCGCCCGCUCGCUAUCACCACGCCGCUGCCCUGCUGAACAGCCACGAAAUGGGAACCAGUCAUAGCUGCAUGCUGGUGGUGGGCGGAGUCACUCAGCACUCUGUUGCCAUGGACGCUUGGAGUCUUAACCUCAGCAGUUUGGUCUGGAGAGAGCACAAGAGCUCAGUGCUGCCCCCAGUGGCGGGCCACACGCUGACAGUGCGUCGGGACAACUCAGUGCUCUUGAUUGGGGGUUACUCCCCAGAGAACGGCUUCAACCACCACUUUCUCGAGUUCAGCCCUCACACUGGAAAUUGGACCGUCGUGGCGCACACGGGAAUGCCACCAACAGGCUUAUACGGCCACUCGGCCGUUUACCACGAGCAGACUGACUCCGUAUAUGUGUUUGGAGGUUACCGUUUCCACGUGGAAGCUGUGGAGCCCUCGGGAGAGCUUUAUAGCCUGUACUACCCGAACUUCACGUGGUCCCUCCUGGUACCCUCGCAGGGUAAUAAGCCCCUCUCCCGUUUUUUCCAUGCUGCAGCCCUGAUGAAAGACACUAUGGUAAUCGUCGGGGGAAGGACAGAAUCGGAGGAUUAUAGUGACUCUGUGUCCUUGUACCAAAUCAACUGUAACACCUGGAUCCAGCCGGACUCUGCCAUCGGCGAUCCGGUCAAUCGCUCGGUGUCUCUCGCCAUGACAAGCUGGGGCGGCAGCCUCUUCUUGUCGGGGGGCUUCAACGGGGUUACGUUGGGUCGUCUUCUGAACCUAACGAUGCCAGCUGACCCAUGUGCCGUGAUGGCCACGCCGGAAACCUGUAACACCACCACCGGCAGCUGCAUUUGGUGCCGAGGGGCCUGCACAUCUUCCGAUAGUGCUGAACGAAUGGGAUGUUUCACUGGCCAGUCGCCCUGUUCGCCAACCCCUCGCCAGCCAGAUCAGUGCCGUAGACUUAAGACCUGCAGCGAAUGCCUCGCCCGACAUCCCAAGACAUUCUCCGGUCCAUCGCAGCCUGCUUUCCAGUGCAAGUGGUGCACCAACUGCCCCGAGGGGGCUUGCAUCAGCAGCUCGGUGAGCUGCAUGUCUGAACACGACUGUCGCAUCAACCAGCGUGAGAUCUUCCUCUCCAGCAACUGCACGGAAACCAGCUGCGAGGCGUCCGACUGCCCCAAGUGUACGGCAUCUGGCAAAUGCAUGUGGACCCGCCAGUUCAAACGCACAGGCGAGACGCGGCGCAUCCUGAGCGUGAGCCCCACCUACGACUGGACAUGCUUCAGCUAUGCCCUGGUCAACGUCUCGCCGAUGCAGGUGGAAUCCUCACCGCCGCUGCCAUGCCCUCCGCCCUGCCACACCCUCCUCAACUGUAGCCUCUGUUUGAGUUCCAGAGGCUCUGACGGGGGCUGGCAACACUGUGUGUGGAGCAUGGCCCUGCAGCAGUGCAUGAGUCCGUCAUUUGUGCCGCUGCGAUGUGAAGCGGGCCAGUGCGGUCGUCUUCUCUCCGGCGACGACUCCUGCUCUCCCCAAUGCUCCCAGCUCACCCAGUGCUCCCAUUGCAUCGCCAGGCCUCAGUGCGGCUGGUGUGCCACGCAGGGGGGAAAUGGGGCGGGAUACUGCCUUCAAGGGGGACUCGACGGAGUGAGUGAGGGCGUGUGUCCGCUAAGAAACAGCAGCUGGUCCUUCCUGCACUGUCCAGGGGAGGACGAGUGCGCUAACGGCCAUCACCACUGCAACAGCACCCAGGACUGCCAUGAUCUUCCUCAAGGAUACCACUGCACUUGUAAACAGGGAUACAUUCUCAGCAGUGUGAGUGGUCAGUGUGAGCCGGUGUGCGCGCAGGGCUGUGUGAACGGGACGUGCGUUUCCCCUGGCAUGUGCCGCUGUCACUUUGGCUUCGUGGGGGACAACUGCUCCUCCCAGUGCAGUUGCAAUAAACAUAGCAACUGCGACAGCGUUGCCAAACCUGACAUUUGCCUCAAAUGCCACAACAACACCAUCGGGAAGCAUUGCGAGAAGUGCAAGCCGUUGUUCGUGGGCUCAGCCAAAGGCGGUGGCACCUGUCGGCCCUGUCGGGAGUUCUGCCGGGGGAACAGCGCUUUGUGUUUGUCCCGCGACGAGCACAAGAAAGCCCAGGAGAACCCGCGCCGCUUUCCCCUGGAGCCCAAGAGCAUCCACAAUUGGGUGUCCGAGGGUCCCACCGAGGAGAACGCAGUGUGUGUGAGCUGCCAAAACAACAGCGUUGGUGACAAGUGCGAGAGCUGCCUCAGUGGCUACUUCCUGCUGCAGGGAAAGUGCGAGAAGUGUCAGUGUAAUGGCCACGCAGACACUUGCAAUGAGCACGACGGCACGGGUUGUCCAUGCCAGAACAACACUGAGACCUCCUCCUGUCUCAGUAGCCCACAGAAUGACCGUAAAGACUGUUACAGACAACAGUGUGCCAAGUGCAAAGACUCCUUCAAUGGCACGCCGGUGAACGGACGCCAGUGCUACCGGCAGUUCAACGUGGACACAGAGUGCUGCUUCGACCCCACGUCGCAGACCAACUGUUUCCAUGACCCAGCUAUCCGCAACUUGCCGCAGGGUCGCACGGUAUUCUUUGCUGCACAGCCCAAGUUCACCAACGUUGACAUCAGGGUCACCAUCGAUGUGACAUUUGGUGAGGUGGAGGUGUACGUGUCCAACUCGCACGACACCUUCAUCGUGGACUUGGACCGCCGCUCGGGCGUCCAUGCCAUUAAGAUCGAGGAGGAGUCGCGAGGGACAACGACCGUGGGGGUGGACAAGGACUCGCUGCAAUCCCAGAUCAAGGUGUUUGCCAACGCCUCGUCCAGUCUUGGUGGGGGCAUCAUCUCACAUAAUCCACUGCAGCUGCAGGCAAAGCCGCCGGGCUCAGAAAGGGAGAUUCGUGAGGAGCACGCCAAAGGCCUCAUUUCUUACAUCACCGUAUGGAAACCACAGACAGUUCUGAUCGUCCAUGGUGUGCGGGACCGGGUGGUCAUCACCUUCCCGCACGAGGUGCACUCCCUGAAGUCCAGCCGCUUCUACAUCGCCCUCCGAGGGGUGGGAACAGUGGCCAACCAUGGCGAGUCCCAAGGCCUGCUCUUCUUGCGCCAGGACCAAGCCCACAUCGACCUAUUUGUCUUCUUCUCCGUCUUCUUCUCCUGCUUUUUCCUCUUCCUAUCCGUCUGCGUGCUCCUGUGGAAGGUCAAGCAGUUUCUGGACUUCCGGCGAGAACAACGGCGACAUAUCCAGGAGAUGACUAAAAUGGCGUCGCGGCCCUUUGCCAAGCUGACCAUCUACCUGGAGCCGGACGAGCCACAGCUCAUCUAUCUCCCGUCGACUGGCGGCCCGGGCGGCGGCAUGUCGGUCACUCACUCCCGCUCCACCAAGCUCGGAGGGGUGAUGGUGGGCCAGAGGGGCCGCACCGGAGCAGUGUCCUACAAACACGACCUUGGCUCGGGGCCGGCGGGGCACCACCUUGCCCCGGGCGGCGGCAACAAUGGCCAGCACCUCCCUCUGCACUACCUGAACACCCACCACUACGCUGGUACCACCACCGGCACACAAGCCUCGCUACAACACCACCCCUCCACAUACAGCGGCUACCAGCACUUCUGCCGUUCCGACCCCUUCCUCUCACAGCUCAUGGGAUUCUCCUACUCCUCAUUCAAGGUGGGGCCCAUCACUCUGGAGCCCACAGACGACGGCAUGGCUGGGGUGGCCACCGUCCUCUUCCAGCUCCCUGGCGGAGUCUUGGCUCCCAAUCGGGCCUGCUUGGGCUCGGCGCUGGUGACACUGCGGCAGAACCUACAGGAAUACUGCGGCCACGGCAACGGAGGCGGGCACACGGGGGCGGGUGGCGGCCGCAAGGGGCUGAUCGGGCAUCAACACCUUACCACUAUGGCCAUGUAGGGACGCGGGCGAACACCAAGGCAGGAAAAGAAUUACUGCAUUUUCCUCAUAGUGGCUGACAGUGGAUUAGUGGUUAGCGGUUAGCACGUUUGCCUCACAGUCAGGAGAUUGAGGUUAAGAUCUGUUGUUCUCCCCAUUCUUGCGUGUGUUUUCUCUGGCUACUCUGGCUUCCUCCCACAUUCCAUAAACAUGCAUGUUCUGUGAAGACUUAAAAUAGCCCACAGGUGUAAAUGUGAGAGUGAAUUUUUCUUCGUCUACAUGUCCCCUGUAAUUAGCCGGCAACCAGUCCAGGUUGUCGUCCGCCUUUUGCCCACAGUCAGCUGGGAUAUGAUCGGACAAACGCUGUAGAAAAUGGACGCAUUAAAGAUAAAGAGGGCCAUAGUGAAGCAAGUGGUUAAGCAUAUCUGCCUCACUGUCAGAUGAUCGGGGUUCGAAUUUGGAACGUGUGGAGUUCGCAUGUUGUGGCUUUUCUCUUGGUUCCGGCUUCCUCCCACAUUCUAAGAACAUGCAUGUUCGGUGAAGAGUCUAAGUUGUCCAAAGGUGUGAAUGUGAGUGGGACUGGUUGUUUGUCUAUAUUUCCCUUCAACCAGUCCAGGGUGGCCCACGCCUCUCGCCCACAGUUAGCUGGGAUAGGCUCCAGCUAAUCCAUGACCCCAAUGAGGACACGCGCUGUAGAAAAUGGAUGGAUGGAUAGUGACAGGCAGGCAGCAGUUUAUCAUCUGUAAUACUGUAGAUGCUGUCAUUCUUCUGAGCAAUUGCUUAGGUGCUGCUGUUUUGGUUAGCAACAGAGUUCAAAGCAUCCUCACGAUUGUGUCUUCAAACUCCUGAGAUAAUUACAUUCACUUUCGUGUUUUGUUUUGUUAUUUACCCGAGGAGAGAAAUGGAGACAUCUAUUGGUGUAACGAUUUUUUUUCUGUUUUGUUAUAUGCUGCUAUUUUGGUUGGCAACGGAGUUCAAAAGGCGAAAUCCUUAAUGUCCAUAUACAAAAGCUACCAUUUAUUCCUGAGGAGAACAAAGAAGCAUUUAUUUGGGCCAAGGCAUUUUCAUUUUGUACAGGGGCGUUAAAAGUUACAAGGGUGUUUAAAGUCGAGUUUAAAGCAUAAGGAAAAUGGAGAAAUGUAGAGAAAUGGCAAGUUUGGACAUUGUGGAGCGACCCCGCCUGAGUCUACUGGAACACCAAUCCCUGUUAAACACGUCAACUCCACAUAACGUAAGAUCAUGUUUGAUACUGCGCAGGGCACAUUCCCUAAUUCUUCUCAGAGACUGCUAAGUGCUGCUGUUUUACAUAGCAACAGUCAGCAAAUGACUGGUAAAAGGAAGGGUUACGGAGCCCCAGACACCACGAGGAAAAAAGUACAAUCCAAUUGUGGUACCAAAAAUACUAAUUUAUGGCCACAAAAUAGGUACAGUGUUCCGCAACAAAUUCGCAGGGGAUGGACCAAGCGUGUACAUGCAUAUGCGGCAAAGACUCUCUGUAAAUUCCACUAACAACCCAGGCUAAAUUUAGCCACUCACCGACAUACAAAGAUGUUAGUCUCUUAGUUGAGAUUAUCACUUCAACAUACAGUACUUCCUUGACACCAAUUAUUGCUUUGCUAUAAGCCUGGGUUUUGGUGGCAUCUUAGAGCAUAACAGAAAGAGCACAAAAAUCACAACUAGGUGAGUUUAUCAGUGAAAAGCUGGGGAUAGGUUCCACAGGAAAAACAAAACAGCGGAAAUCGUGAAUAACGAACUGCAAAUGGGUGUGGGUUCACUCUGUAUCUUAUUUUUAAACAUGACUAUACGUGAUAAUAUGUUUAAAGUACCUUUGGGGCACCUUGUUAAGAAAUGAGGAUGAACAUGACAUCUGCACAUACAAACACGAAUAUAGUCAAAUAUCACAAUUGCACAAAAUACAGCCCCAAACAUUCACAUAUAUCUUGGCACUAUAUCUCGGAAACUACAGUCGUUCAUUGUGGGACAUAACCUCAAAACGUCAUAUGUCAGUACUGUCGUAAACCUGUAAUUUUUUACUAUCUCUCCACGAACCACUUAUAAUAGGUCUCUCCCGACCCAACAGUUGAGAAUCACUGCUCUACAGGAGCUUACUGUUUCCAGAGAAGGUGCCCUUGAUUCGCUUACUGUCCAGCAAUGAUAUUUUUUUGUAAUAUUUUUUUGUGUGCAGGUUAUAUAUACUUACUUUGUGGCCACAAAUUAAUAUCUCGUGCGUACGUUUGACAUAAUUUCUAAUUUGUGGCCACAGAUAAGCAUUUAGUGUGCCGUUUAUCAAUAACGUGACCACUUUAUAAAAUGCCUCCCCCCCCCCUCCCCAUGUUAUAUCUUGGUCUCUGUAGAGGUGUCUGUUUGGAGGCAUUUAUCUAUUGAAGACAGAGCGUGUAGGGGCCACUACUUGAGGGAAUGCGGUCAAUUCAAUGGGCUACUACACCUGUAAAAACCAUUCACAAGAAUCCAAUAGAAAGUUUUAUCACCUGUGGUGAGCAAACAUAAUAUGUACAUACACUGUAUAAUGCUUGGCUAUUGAGUGUCCUCUAUAAUGUUUGGCCAUACUGUAUUCCAACGUUCCCCGGUGACCAAGCCAGCUGUCCUUUAGAAUGCACUAUACUAUACGUACUAUAGACGUCACGCCUCUGUUGUUCACUGGGGAGGUACCAAGUUGGGCUUUUAACAUGUGCUUUGUACCUCUAAAAGUGACAGUCAAAGUUGCAGUAGAGAAAACAAAUCUUUUUGUGAUUGUUACAGCUGGAAAACAACUUUUGUUUUUUUUAAUAUCUUGGUCUAUAUGAUUUGAUAUUUAUUAUUUUAUAUUUCACCCACCUGUUCUGUUACAUUGUUUUUUUCCCAGCACAUCUGCCUUCACUGCUUGCCUUGUCUGUGGCUUACUCUAAUACAGGUGUGGGGAAUCUUUUCACCUCCAUCAGGGGCCAUUGCAGUUUACGUAAAUAUGGCCUCUGAGGGCCAUACUAAAUUUAUGGAAAAAAAAUUAUGCAAUGAAGUAUCAUGAGCAUUUUUGUAAGAGCUAUUGUAAUCACUAUUUAUUGUCAUUUUUCCAAUGACUGAAUCCCCUUUUAGGGGCUCCUCAACAUGCCCCAAUUUUAGUAAUCCUGAAAAAGACCACCCAAAACUCACUCAGGAGCACCACCUGGAAAGUUCGAAAAAACAUUGUCCCAGACACCAGUAUCACUAAUCGACACCAAAUUUGGUAGACAAGUCUAUUGUAACAGGACACAUGAAAAAGUUUCAAGGACCCAUGCUGAGAAUCAGACAGGAAGAAGGUCAUUUUUGGUUUCAUGCAGCCAUUUUAGACAAAUUCCUACUUGGGAAUUCACCCAAAUGAGCCCCAAUAGGAAUAAAUUAUCUCAGAUGGGAGAGGCUAAAUUAUGAAAAUAUUUGUUUUAUUUUAAUGUUAUUUUUUUUUAGGGUCUAAAGUGGGCAGAGCAUUGUGUCAAAAUUCGAUGAUCAUUUUGUAGCUUCGCACUAAAAAAAAAAAAAAAAAGGGAUGAUGCAAGGGCUCGUUCAUCGCUGCUUGCAGCUUUAGCUAUUCUUCUUUCAUCAGCUAAAUUGCCAUAUUGAGGCCCUGUGUUUUUCCAUGCUGAUGUAUCUUGGUGAUUCUGCAGGUUUGGUAGGGAUCCCCAACAUGCCCCCCAAAUAAAUAAAUAGAGAAAAAUCAUUCAGCAGCAUUUCCUGGAAUGUUAGAAAAAAAAUAGUGCCCCAGUUUCACUGCUUAAUACAAAAUUUAGUGGACAUGUCUAUCAUAAUAGGACAUGCCAAAAAGUAUAAAGUGACAGUGCCUGAAAUCUAACAGAAAGUUGGGCAAUUUUGGUUUGAAACAGUCAUUCUUGACAAAUAACUACUGGGGAACUCACCUAAAUGAGCCCCAAUCAGAGGCAGCUAUCGUACCGCGACAGAUGGGAGACGCUAAGGUUCCCCGCCUCUCCUCUAAAUACACGUGUUAAUGGAAGUGUGUUGAGUUCCUGUCACGAGAGUAGUAUAUGGACUUCUUUUUAUGGUUUUGUAAAAAGAGAAGAAAAAAAGCAAUGUUCUGUUUUGACACUCAUAAUUUACUUACAGAUGCACAUUUGUCCAUGAAAAUAAAAGAGAGAAACUUUA